UGAGACUGAGGGACGGUUGACUGCUGGACCUGAAAUCAGCUUAGAGUCGGAGAGGCGCAGUUUUUCUCCUUCUGCUUUCUCACACCUCAUCCUGCGCGCCGGAACCUUUUUAUCAUUAUUAUUUUUAUCUUUUUACUGACUUCAUUCACUGACUCAAACACAUUUAGACCUGCAACUUAUCAAAAGUAGAGACAACUUGGAUAACGCAUCUUCCUCUCUUGUUGUGACCGGUGUCAAAGGUGAUGGUGUCAUUUUCUUGCAGAGGACUCAGGUGAUGGUAUGUGUUUCUGGAGAUAGGGGCCACUUUCGGAAACGUGUUAGUUUUUCCACAGCUGUUAUUUUUUCGUUUGCUACGUUUCGUUUGCCUCGAACAUGGCACUCUACUCUCGAUUUGUGAUCGUGCUGCUUUACGGAUGGAGUUAUUUGUGCGUUGGAUUGUGCGCGAUGCUGAAAACGGACAAUAUCCCCGAGAGACGAAAGGUGGAUUUUACGCAUUCGGUGGAUAAAAAAUACGCGACAAAAGAAGACCGGGAUGCGCUUUUACAGGAUACGAUGACGGAGCACAUGCAGAUGCUUUACGCGAAGUACAACAGCGCUGGAUUUCCCUUCAAGGACGGCAACACUGUUCGUAGUUUCAAAGCGCAUUGGGGUACUAUAAACAAGAAACAGCUGCAGAUUUUCAACCUCACCUCCCUCACCAAAUCAGAAGACAUCCUGUCAGCUACUCUUCAUUAUUACAUUGGAGACCUUCAGAACAGCACCCAGGGCUGCUCCAGGUCCAAAAGCUGCGCUCGCCAUGGUCCCAGGAGGCACAGCCACAUCCACAUGGUCAUCUGGAGCUUUGCAUCUGUGGAUAACAAGAUGAGGACUCUUGGACAUUUUCGGAUCAAUGUGUCCACCCUCUACAGGGACUUCAUAUCUUGGCAGUGGAAGGACAUAACUCGUGUGGUCAACCAGGCCAAACACCACGACGAGCUGCUUAUUGGGAUUGAAGUGGCUUCACAAGGUUCCCAGGCGUGGAAGAAGCUCCUGUCAGACCGCUCACCCUACAUCCUGGUCUAUGCCAAUGACUCUGCCAUUUCAGAGCCUGAAAGUGUGGUAGCUAAUCUCCAGAGGCCCCACUCAGUGAGAGGUGAGGGCUCCAUUUCACACGGCUUCCAUAAACUGGGACUACAAGAGCAAAACGACACCGAAGGACAGCCGCAGCCCAGACACAGGCGCUCAGUGAAUGUUCUCCUACCUUUGCAAAACAAUGAACUUCCUGGUCCCGAGUACCCAUAUGAGACGACCGGCUGGGACGAGACAACUCCCUACGAACCAUUUGAAAACAAACAGGCACGCCGGCCGCGUAAAAAGACACGCAAGAAUCAGCGGCAUAAGAUGCCCUUGCUACAGUUUGAUGAGCAGACGAUUAAAAAGGCGCGAAAGAAGCAGUGGAACGAGCCCAGGAACUGCGCUCGGAGAUACCUGAAAGUUGACUUUGCCGACAUUGGAUGGAGCGAAUGGAUUAUAUCGCCCAAGUCGUUUGAUGCCUAUUAUUGCUCAGGGUCCUGCCAGUUCCCCAUGCCAAAGGCUCUGAAGCCAUCUAACCACGCCACCAUCCAGAGCAUAGUGCGGGCGGUGGGCGUCGUCCCAGGCAUCCCCGAGCCGUGCUGUGUCCCCGAGAAAAUGUCUUCCCUCAGCAUCCUUUUCUUUGACGAGGACAAGAAUGUGGUGCUGAAAGUCUACCCCAACAUGACAGUAGAUUCCUGCGCCUGUAGAUAGUUUCUUUUUCCUCCCAGGCCUCAUCGCACACACCUCGUGUCAUAAAGAGAAGUAAAAAACAAACAAAAAACCCCACAUACAGCCAUAAAGACGGUCUCUUCUCCUGUUUCUACAGUCAUACACUCACUCAGAUACAAAUAACAAGUGAAUACAACUUCCCUUUUGCACUGGAGGAGAGCACCGCCUGUUGUUCCAGGUGACGAUGUGACUGUCAGUGGGAAGAAAUGGAUCACGUGAGUUAUCCUAGUAAAAGUUGUAUUUUAAACGUAUUUAUCAUCGCUGCUCAGUUAUCAGUUGGGCGACGGCAAGGUGGAUGCGAUCAUAAACCCACUAUCAAGGCAUACAAACACCAGCUGAGGCAUAAAAGAGACAAAAACUGAAGGAAAAUAUUCACUUUUCAGGAAAAACCAAAAAGAUCUUCAUUUCAGCUGGUGCCCGUGGGAGGGCGAGGUGGUUGUACUCAUCUUUCUCUCCUUCACAGCUUGAAGUUGUCACCUCCAGGUCACCUCUGCUCGCAUUUGCAUGGUUUUUGUUACUAUGUGUAAGUAUUUAUGUCUGUACUAUCACUGUGUUAUUCACCAUACGAGAAUUUAUUGUAUCAUUUUUUGGCUUGGCUGCUAUAAAGGAUUAUAUUAGAUUCCAAAGCCAGAAUUGUGACGUAGACUUUUAGGUUGCUUUACAUAUUUAUGUUUAACUCUGUUGUUGUACAGAACCAACAUUCUUUUUUUUUAGAGUUUAUUAUAGGUGGAAGAGUAAGCUACAUUCAUAUGGUCUCCUCAUUAACAGGGACAUUCUGAGGCAUGUUUUGCUUCUCCAAGAAAAUGAAAAAGCUUCAUGAGUAAACCUCGUAGGUGAGGCCAGAUUAACUUGUUAGCAUGAGGCCAGAACUGCAAAAAUUAAUGCUCAGUGAGAGGCAGCUGAAGGAGAAAUAUGUUUUUGACGUACUCUUCUGUUAGAAACUGAUGGAAAGUGUUGCGUGAGGUCUCGGAGGUGGAUAACAUUUCUGAAAAAGUAACUUGGCUGCCUUUAAAACCCAGCAGAAGAUGGAUUUUUGCAGGGGUGCAACUUCUGCUGGGACGUUUUUCUUCUCUGCGAAGCUCCGCUUCAAACUCAGUUACGUUCUGAUCCGUUUCAUGAAAACACCAGUAUUACUGAGGACCAGAAACUUGUGGGGCUGCGCUGUAGGCAUUUGGGGGGAAGAGCUUUAGGACGGGCUGACAGCUUUAAGCCAUUCAUUCGUACAAAUUGGUAGAUGGCUUAAAAUAAAUGAACACUCCAACUAUCAGGUCAAAAUGAACUUUUUUCAGUGUUAAAUUGAGCACAAUUUGCAGUAAACUGCCUGCUACCAAACUUAGCAAAUUAAUUUUUUUAUGAUUCAUUUAAAUACUCUCCUCCCAAAAUUUUAUUCUCACAGGAAAAAAUACAUAUGCAAGUUUUUCUUUUUUACCUGUUUUUCCCCAAAAAAACUUCUUGAAGGUAUAGGAUGUUGAAAGGUACCACUACUCUGACUUUUACUUGGAUUUCAGUUUCACCUCUGUGCUGUUUUUCAGCUUCAAGAAAAACAGAAAAGUGGUACUUGGUGCAAGCUACUAGCAUCAGCUGGGUACAGUGGUGGCAGUAGAAAAAAUGAGAUGAAGCAAAAACAAGCUGUGCAUUAUUAUGUCCUUUCUGUUAUUCACGUUUUGAGCAAUAUGACCGUCAUUAUUAUUACUGUGUAUUAUUCUACAGAGUGGGUUUUACAUAAAUCAUUAGAGGGUGUGUUAUUCGAGUCAGAUCAGCUACAAACAACAGGCACACCUGGAGGAGCAGUUAACGUGUCGUAACCUUGCCUUGAGUUGUGCGUUAUUGUCACAGUUCAUAGAACCAAAUAUUUAUUCAGAGCAAAUAGACGUAAUUAUAGCAGCGUUUUUUAUCUAUACACUUGUACAUUGCCUUUGUAUAUAGCUCACUCUACUACAAUGAUGCGUCUUUGAGAUAGAAGUGCCUUUUUGAAUGGGUGGAUUUCUGCUUCACAAAAAGUUCGAGUUGAUUCAUCGUGAAGCUCAAGUCAAAGCAAGCAGCUAUUUUCUUAUGGUACAAAAUAGGCUCCAGAGUGAACAUAGCGCGUAUUCUUUUGUGGAAUUUAUUCUCAAAUGUAUUUCAAACAAUUUUGAUAAUCCAGAGACAUUUAUUUUGUGUCAAUACCCGAGGGCAGAUUGUGUAACUUUCUAUAUUUUGUACUGACACGUUUUACAGUUUGUGCUUCCUCGUUUUGUGCCGACACGAUUUUUAGAAAUGCAUGUUAUAGAAUGAAGUGGCUUCCUCCGUUGGUGCCAGUACAACUUUGCAGAUGUGACGACUGCUGACGCGUCACUUUUUGGAUCCUUGCUUUUUCUGCAUUUGUGACUCAACUUUCCGAGUAUGAAUCGGCGCAGUCAUCUACAGCGCAGCGCAUCGACCUUUACUUCACUGUUUCAUCUUCUCGUGUAAAUGUUGUGCUGUAGGUUAAACAAAGAAAUGCCUGUACAAUAAGCUUCAUAAAAUAUAUUUGUAUAUGGAAAAGGCCUUUAACAUGCAUCUAUUUAUUUUCUCUAUGUUGCAUAUCUUGUAAAGGUGUGGUCUGGGAAAGGGGGGGCCGAAGCUCAGAAAUGUCGAUGGUCUUUAUAUCUGCGAUGGACAUUUGUCACUACUGACUAAAAGUGUGGUGAACUGUUUAAAGGUCUCCCUCCUCUGAGCUCGGACCCUCCUUCCAAAGCAUUCAAAGAAAUGAAUAAAAGUAUGCAAGAACAAAAUCUA